CCGGCCGCGCAGUGUGCCGGCGACCGUCGACAGUGUUACGUCGCGCGCGUCCGCCCUACAACCCGAACGAUACAAGCUCAUCAACACCAGUUCCUCAUUAACAGUUCAGUGUUAUCGUGCCCGUUUUUGUGUUUUGACUGAUCACCCAAGUGUUGUUUGAGUUAUACGAAUAUUGGACAAGUGCUAGUGGCUGCCUGUUAUGCCGCAAAUACGUGCUUAGCGGUGUUCCGCAGGCGAUGCUCACAGGAGAGCAUGUGAUGCCGGCCUUUGACGCCCGGCGCCAUGCCCACGCCGCUGCAGCCCGGCGGCCCCGCUAGCGGCCCGCCUCCGGAGCGCAAGCGGCGCCGCAAGCGCGACGAUCCCCAGAGCUCAGCAGCGCUCGAGCCGGACGAAGACGACGGCGACAUGAGCCCCGAGGAGGAGCCGCGGAACGCUCCCGCCGCCCCGGCGGCGCCCACGCCGGCUCCCUCGUCCGCUCCGGCGCCCACGUCUCCUCCAGCCGCGCCUGACGCCGUCGACCUCACUUCGCGUCGAGAUUCUCCACCGCUCUCCUCCGAUGUUGAACAUUUUGAUGGCAAGAUCGUGUACAACCCUGACGGAUCUGCCUACAUCAUCGAAGAUCCAGAAAUAUCGGAGGGAGAGACAAGUUUGCCUGAUUUGCCCAAAAUAGAACCCGGGUGCAUAGUCGACAGUCGAGAUCGAAAUGUGGUCGAGAGGCAACUAGAAUUCCCGCAAAUUGCCAGUGCGUUCUACGUAUCGAGAAAUCCGUCUCUGUAUGGUGCUUUGUACGGACGAUUGGCUGCUGAGAGAGCGCGAGCGAGGCCUGACGCACCAGUGAUGCACAGUUAUCGAGUGUUUAGUUUUCGUGGGGGAAAAGACGCUCCUAGACCAUCGUCUCCAGUGCCAGAGUGCCCCAUUAGCGUACCGGUUAAACCGAUACUUAUGUGUUUUAUUUGUAAAUUGAGUUUUGGAUACGCUAAGUCUUUUGUAGCGCAUGCCCAAUCGGAUCACAGUUUAUCUUUACUUGAUACAGAAAGAGAUGCUUUAUCAAGAGAAAAUGCAUCGGCAAUUAUUCAAUGUGUUGGAAAAGACAAAGAACCACUAGUCUCAUUUUUAGAACCCGUUGGAGCUGCAGCGCCACCACGUGUUUCAAUGUCUGUCAGUCCUGCUAAUAUUUCAGAAUUAUCCAGUCCUUCUAUGGACAAACGGCCGGAGGUAAUGACGCCAGACAGAGAAAAUGAAACAAUGUUACCCAAUGGAUCAUGUGAUGAUAGAAGACCAAGUCCGCCAUCAUGGAGGCCACCUAGAUCGAUGGCAGAAUCAUUGAUCCCACAACAUUCCAUGAUUUCAGUCGCACACCCGCACACAAUUAAUGCCUCUGUACAACAUCGUAGUAGCCCUAAUUCAUCGCCACCGUUUCAACCAGGUCCGCCCGCUUUUCUUUCUGGAACUACGAUAGGAGUCUGUCCAGAUCAUCUUGGAGGUCGACCCUCUGGAGCUGAUUGUCCAAAAUGCGAGCUUAUUUUAAAUUCAGGAAGACUAGGCGGUCCCUUGGCUGGAAUGCAUAGCAGAAAUUCUUGUAAAACAUUGAAAUGUCCAAAGUGUAACUGGCAUUACAAAUAUCAAGAAACUUUAGAAAUUCACAUGAAGGAGAAACAUCCAGAAGCAGAAACGAGUUGUAUUUAUUGUAUUGCCGGUCAACCACAUCCACGGUUAGCACGCGGCGAAACUUAUACCUGUGGAUAUAAACCUUACCGAUGCGAAGUGUGCAAUUAUUCAACCACGACAAAGGGAAACCUAAGCAUACAUAUGCAAUCUGACAAACACCUUAACAAUAUGCAGGAGCUACAGAAUGGUGGCAACCCAUCUGAAGGAAAUUUACCACCUGCCCAGCAUACUCCACCUGGGGCACAUAAGCCACCACUACCCCAUCAUUCGCCGUUGGGUCAGAAACCAAAGCCAACAUUUCGAUGUGAUGUCUGCAAUUACGAAACAAAUGUUGCACGUAAUUUAAGGAUACACAUGACAUCAGAGAAGCACACACAUAACAUGCUUGUCCUUCAGCAAAAUGUAAAGCACAUGCAAACAUUGUCUGCUCUACACCAUAGACAGCAAAGUCACCAGCAAUUAGAAAGCUUAUUACAUUUUCAUGGCACCGAUGCUCCUCCACCGAAUCCAGAAGCAGCUUUAGCGGACAUGGCAUAUAACCAGGCCCUGAUGAUUCAACUUAUGACUGGUGGCCCUGGACCAUCGCCUCCUGAAUUAGGGGCCCAUUUAGACGUCGGCUUAAAUCCAGAGGCUAUGGAACCACCACCGGAGCCAGCGGAUCCAGAACCAGAAAGAACUUUCCACUGCUGUAUAUGCAACUGCUUUUCAACAGACUCCUUGGAAGCGUUGGGUCACCAUCUCGCACAAGAUCGCACAAAGAUCAGAGAACAAGAAAUAUUAGCAUUAGUAGCCGGUCACUACGUUUGUAAAUUAUGCACAUACAAAACUAAUUUAAAAGCUAACUUUCAAUUGCAUUGCAAAACUGACAAACAUCUACAGAGGCUACAGCAUGUCAAUCAUGUCAAAGAAGGUGGUCCAAGGAAUGAAUGGAAACUGAAGUUCUGUGGUGGAGUAGGAACCGGUGGCGCGGGUGUCGGUGGAGUGCAGGUCAGAUGCUGUGCCUGUGAUUAUUAUACAAAUUCAGCACAUAAACUGCAAUUGCACGCCGCUGGAGCCAGACACGAAGCAGCUGCCUUGCUGUUGAGACAUUUAAGAGACUGUGCUUCGAGGAUACCGCGGGAACGGCCUCGAGUGUACCGAUGUGCGUUAUGUGGCUUCGGAGCACCGCAUAGACUCUCUCUCCUGCAACACGUGCGCUCGGUCAAACAUCUACAAAUGGAACAAAUCCACCAGCUCCAGCGACGGUCCGAGGGGAAAGACCCCACGCCGGAUGUCGCCGAGUUGUUUCAAGUUAUCCCUCAACCUCCUGAGUUACCGAGCCCAUUCGAUCAACAAGACAAUGAUAUUAAGGAGCCCAUCGACCAAAAACCAGAAUUAACGCAAGAGCAGAAAAUGAUGCGAUUUUUAGAACAACACCAGCAACAAGUUGUGCAGCAACAACAACAGCAGCAACUUCAACAACACGCGCAACAAGUCGCCCCACAGCAAUCUCAAAGUAGUAGUGAUAAAGACGACGAACAAGAAACGCCUGGACCGCACGUUUGUCCGUAUUGCAACUUUAGUUGUAACGGCGAGCACAGACUUACUGCUCAUGUCAACUCAGUUCACGGUGACACCAUUCGUCAUUUCAUUUGUCCGCUGUGUCAAGAUGCGUUCAAAGAUAGGCCAGCGCUAGAAAGACACGUAAUGCAGAUUCAUUCUGUUAAUUCAGAAGGACUACAACGGCUGCUCCUUCUAGUGGACCAAAGCCAUUGGCUAAAUGGUGGAGCCCAAGCGCAGAGGGAAGAGUCGAGACAAGAAGAGAAUGAAAGAGAAAUCUCAUCACCUCGUUCAGAAGGCAGUGUCGAUGGUGAGAUGGAACGAUGCUCAACGUGUAAUCGCACAUUUCGUAAUGUCGACGAGUUAUGCCAACAUCAAAAUGAAUCUGGCCAUUUGGAGCUCAAACAAACACCGCAAGGACCAGGUUACGUUUGCUGGAAAAAAGGAUGUAAUCGAUAUUUUGAUUCUGCGCACGCUUUGCAAAACCAUUUUAGAGAAGCUCAUGCUCGUAAUUCUAUUGCGAAUAUGUCAGUUUCUGAGAAGCACGUGUAUAAAUACCGCUGCAAUCAAUGCAGCUUGGCAUUCAAGACAGUUGAAAAAUUACAAUUACAUUCGCAAUACCAUGUGAUACGUGAUGCUACGAAAUGUGUGCUGUGUGGACGGAGCUUUAGAUCUGUUGUGGCUCUUCAGAAACACGUUGAAACAUCUCAUCCUGAACUUUCAGAGGAGGAUUUAACAGCUUUUAAAAGAAGUCUUGCCACAAAUCCAUUAUUACAAGCUGGACCUGGAGUCGUUUUAGACAGUGCAACUGCGGAUUUGUUACGCAAAGAGGCGCUACGAACUCCAGAAGAUGACCUUUGUGAGAUGGAAGACCGCGACUCGAGUGCGACAGCGGCUGAUGAGUCCGGACAUAACGAUGCGGAGAACUCUGACGAUUCAAUUAUUUACAAGGAUCAGCAGUUUCUCGAGGACUAUUUGAAUUCACAAGCAAUGGCAGAAGAUUCCUACAAUGACCCCAACAGGAAAUAUAAAUGUCAUCGAUGCAAAGUUGCUUUCACACGUCAAUCGUAUUUGACAGCACACAACAAGACUCUCCUACACAGGAAAGGCGAAAAACUCACUUAUCCCAUGGAAAAAUAUCUCGAUCCAAACAGACCUUUCAAGUGUGACGUUUGCAAGGAAUCUUUCACGCAAAAGAACAUAUUGCUCGUUCAUUACAAUAGUGUUAGUCAUUUGCACAAAUUAAAACGUGCUAUGCAAGAACAACAGAAUAACAAUAAUCCACCCGUAUCACCCGGCGCGGGCACCGCUCCCUCUAAUUUAACUCUAACACCUAAAAGUACGUCUAGCGAGGAAGAUGAUCGCAAGAGAUACAAAUGCAACAUCUGUAAAGUCGCGUACACGCAAGGCAGUACGCUCGACAUUCACAUGCGGUCGGUUCUACAUCAAACGCGAGCGGGCAAACUGCAAGAGCUCGCCGCCGCGGGCCACGUGGACUUGUCGCGUCCUUUAGUAGAGCAGCCGGACAGAAACGACCCCGCCAAAAUUUUACAAGACGUGUUGUCGCCGAAAAAUACAUCCCCUUCGUCUACGAGCAGCGGGGGGCCGCGUUCCUCACCCCCCGCUCGCCCAGGUAGUCCGCGGUCCCCUCGUGCAGGUAGCGCCUCGUGCGAGCGCUGCCACGCGUCAUUCCCGACUGGGGAGCUCCUCGACGCACAUCGCGCUACUUCAUGCCCGUUUGGCGAUGCGCGGGCGCACUCGCCGCUCGGUGACGCAGAACAAGCUGCUAUAGACGAGAUGGUAGCCAAGGGCAACCCGCCCAAAAGAAACUCACAAAUGUAUAAACAACUACUCGAGACGUUCGGAUUUGACCUCGUGAUGCAGUACAAUGAAAACCAGCGGCGCAAAUUGCAAGAGGAGCGCGAGAUGGCUCGAGCGCCGAGUCCGCCGCCGCCUCCGCCCGAGGAAAAGCCGCCCGACAGUGAGACUAAAUCUACGUGUCAACAUUGCAACAAAGAGUUUUCUAGUGUUUUUGUUUUAAAGACUCACUGUGAAGAAGUGCAUAAAGAUAAAGUUCCUCUGGAGUUUUUGGAGCAGUUCGCGGAACAGUUCAAAUCGGAAUACGAGAGGAAAUCUGGAGCUCCUAAUUCGCCUCGCGCAGCAUCUCCCGCGCCGCAGGGCGACCGUUCCCCGUCGCCGCGAGACACCAGCGGGAGUUUCAACGACACUGCGAACGGUCCGGGCGAAGCACAAGCCGGAGCUCUAUUGGCUGCGCAAGUGCAAGAGAUGCAGGCUGCGUUGAACAUGCUACAGCUGCAGCAACAACUGGGGCAACUGCACCCGAUGAUGGCCCAGAUGCUGUCGCUGGGGUUGCCGCUGGGCCUGAACAUGGGCGCGCUGGCCGCCAUGAACCUGCAGCCGCCGCUGGUCUCGCUCAUGCUGCCCCCGCCGCCGUUCGACGCCAUGCCCUUCGCGCAUGACGCCCAGAUGAAACAACAACAGCUGAUCCAGCAACAACAGCAGGCAAACGCUGCUGCUGGUCAGAAAAGAGCUCGUACGCGAAUCACUGACGACCAAUUGAAAAUACUACGCUCGCACUUUGAUAUUAAUAACUCUCCGAGUGACGAAGCAAUUGCGAAGAUGGCUAAACAAUCUGGACUAGCCACAAAGGUCAUCAAACAUUGGUUCCGGAACACGCUAUUUAAAGAACGGCAACGCAAUAAAGAUUCACCUUACAACUUCAACAACCCUCCAUCUACGACUCUAAACCUUGAGGAGUACGAGAAGACCGGCGAAGCCAAAGUUACACCUUUAGACUCUUCUGCAAGCUCGGACGAGGGCAAACCACCGCCUGAAAAAAAAGCAAAAACUGAGGACAAUUUGUCUAUAAUUAACCAGCAAGAAGUUAAAUGUGAGCCAAACGACGAGCCUACAAUGGAAGAGAAGUACAAUUCCUACGACGAUCGACAUCAAGAAGAUAGAAGUUAUACUUUUCCUCAAAUGCCUCUCCAAAGUCCUGCGUUAAUGAAUUCAGAAUCUAUGCAUAAUAUUUCGCGACCACAAACUCCCACCCAUGUGUCGCUCAAUUCUCUGAUACAGUCCCAAUUAGAUUCAAUACCGGCUACGAGUAUACCUCAGCCUCCGCAUCCAUCGAUGCUGCCACCCAAGCUAAAUCCUAAUUUCACGUCCCCAAACUCCGCGCCCCCGAACGUCCUACCUUUGACCCCAAAUCGCAGCCUCAGUCCUGGCAGAGGACCGGCCGAUUUCGGACUUUCCGGGGGCAACUCGAACGGAUCCAACAGCUCGGGGUCUUCUGGCAAACGCGCCAACAGAACUAGAUUUACGGAUUAUCAAAUAAAAGUUUUGCAAGAAUUUUUUGAAAACAAUGCAUAUCCAAAAGAUGAUGACUUGGAAUACUUGUCGAAGUUAUUGGGGCUAAGCCCGAGGGUUAUCGUUGUAUGGUUUCAAAACGCGCGUCAGAAAGCAAGAAAAGUGUAUGAAAACCAGCCGGCAGCAGAUCCGCCGGCAGGCUCGAUGGAUGACGCUAAUAGAUUUCAGCGAACACCCGGACUGAAUUAUCAAUGUAAAAAAUGUCAACUGGUAUUCCAACGAUAUUACGAACUUAUAAGACAUCAGAAGACUCAUUGUUUUAAGGAAGAGGAUGCGAAACGAUCGGCGCAGGCGCAGGCGGCUGCUGCUCAAGUCGCUGCUACUUUAAGCAGCGAAGAUUCAAAUUCAAGUACCGUAGAACAUCACGUUCCGCAUGUGCCAGUAUCACCGGCACCACCUCGAACACCCACGCCUGCAGCCCCCAACUACCCCGUUUCUCCGGCGCCACAGGCCCCGCAUACUCCUCAUACACCUGUCACUCCGCUUACGCAUCAUCCCAAAGAGGAAAAAGAUGGCAAUUUUCAGUGUGAUAAAUGCAAUCUAGUCUUCCCACGAUUCGACUUAUGGCGAGAACAUCAAUUAGUGCACAUCAUGAACCCAAAUUUAUUCCCCACAUAUCCACCAGACUCCCCUUUUGGAAUCUUACAACAACACGCUCAAUUACAACAACUAAAUGCGUCACUAACAAAUGAAGAAGCACGCCAUCCGUUAGUAGCAGCAUUAAACCAACAAGUCGCAAAAAGAAAAUUUGAUGAGUUUGAAGAUGUGGACACAGGAGAACAACCAAAAGAUAAACGAUUAAGAACUACCAUUUUACCCGAACAAUUGGACUAUUUAUACCAAAAGUACCAAAUAGAAUCAAAUCCUUCACGAAAAAUGCUGGAAAAUAUUGCCCGCGAAGUAGGAUUAAAAAAAAGAGUGGUACAAGUUUGGUUUCAAAAUACCCGAGCCCGGGAAAGAAAAGGUCAAUUCCGAGCGCACGCUCAAGUCAUUAACAAGCGGUGUCCUUUCUGUCCAGCAUUAUUUAAAGUUAAAAGCGCACUAGAAAGCCACUUGAGUACAAAACAUGCCGACCAGUGUGCACGAGGAGAAAUUAAUGUUGACGCACUUCCAGAUGAAGAACUGAGCACAGAAUCGACACCGAGUUUUGGCUCCCAGCAAAGUGACAGACAGCAAAAUUUUUCCCAAGCGGGGGCUCCCAUGUUGCCCCCUAUUUUCCCGCCUUUCCACUCAGACAUGGAGAAGUUUAUCAAGCAGUACAGUGAGGAGUCUAUGAAGCGAUACGUGAGUGAGCUCCAAGCGCACGCUGCCGCUCAACAAAACGGCACUAGUGGAAACGAACCCUCUGAGAGGCGACCAGAACAUGGAAAAUCAGAAAUACCUUUAGAUCUCAGCAAACCUGUUGAUUUGUCGCGGCCGGGGUCUGACGCAGAUGAACGUUCAGACACCGCAUCCGAGACUAUGGAGUUUUACGAGGAAGACGAACCCACGUCACCUAUACCGGGCCAGCAACAUACGCCGAGACCGCUGGGGAAACGUUUCCGUACUCAAAUGUCUUCUGUUCAAGUUAAAAUCAUGAAGUCAUUAUUCGGCGACUAUAAAACGCCGACAAUGGCGGAAUGCGAGUCACUCGGGAGAGAGAUUGGGUUACCGAAGCGAGUCGUUCAAGUGUGGUUCCAAAACGCGAGAGCUAAAGAGAAGAAGGCGCGUCUGGCUGCUGGCUUACCAGAGAUUUCCGACGCACAACCGCCGGAGGACUGCAGAGUUUGUGAUUUCAAAUACAGUCACAAGUACUCAGUGCAAGACCACGUGUUUACGCGCGGUCACAUCGCGGCCGUGCGUGCGCGGAUUGAGAACAACGUCGGCGCCGGCGACGAAAGCACGCUCGCUCUCAUGCAGAUGGCGGCGCGGCUGGAGGGCGGGCUCGGAAGCGAGCUGCACAACGCGUUCCUACGGCCUCAACUCGCCGGCAAUGGUGGAAACCCCAACAUGAUGCAGCCCCAGCCGCAGCCGCAGCCGCAACCGCAAGGGCUAAUAGUGGAGACGGGGAACGGCGCGAGCGUGCUCCAGCUGCCGGCGACCACGCUGGAGCAGAUCCGCCACAUCGCGGCCGACCCCGGCGCCUCCACCCUGCGCCUGCCGCCGCCGGCCAGCGAGCCGCCGCCGGGCGCGCGCGAGGCGGACUUCGACCUGUGCUACGUGUGCAAACACUGCAAAGUGGCGUUCCCCUCGGCCGGGCCGCUGCAGGCGCACCAGGCGCGCGCGUGCUACGCGGGGCGCGAGGCGGCGCGCGGCGUCAUCCGCGUGGUGCAGCCCGCGCUGGAGUGCCGCACGUGCCCCGGCGAGCGCUUCCGCUCGGCGGCAGACUACCGCCGGCACGCCGACGGCGAGCCGCACGCGCGCCGUACCGCGCCGCCGCCGCCCGAGCCGCUGUCGCACGAGAUGGAGGACGUCGUCAACCAGAUCACGCUGCUGGCGGCGCGCGCGGCGCAGGACUCCUCGCCCAAGGACGCCAACGUCAACUUCUGUGCGCCCGGCCCGCGCUUCCCGCAGCCCGGCGAGCUGCCGCUCGCGAGCGCCGGCCACUAAUCCUAACUAAGAAAUGUAUAGUUACUACUACUAGAGCCCCUCGCUCUCUCCGUUGUUCAACAACGCAACAGUUCACUAUUAGCUCUUAAUGCUUCUUUUCGUUGACGAGUGUCUCUGCGCGCUCCUAGUUGUACGUUUAAAGCUUGUAGUCGUGUAAGUGUAGGUUAAUGUGGGGAGCCGCGCCCGCUUCUGGCGCGCCGGCUCCCGCGCCGCCGCCGCGCACUGGGGGGCGGCGGCGACGGCCCGCUCGGCCGCGACUCGCGCCGCACUUCAUAUCAUACGUUAGACAGGUUUUAUUAUAUACGUUUAUCGUUGCGGCGCUCGAGCGCCGCGGCCGAGCCGGCGAAUGAUUCUAUAACAUCGUCUCCCAGGUAAACAAGUUCCUAUCUUUAUGGCAUAUAAUAUUAUCGAUAUUGAUAAUUACGAUUUAAUUAUUGUUUAAAGCUAUGUAAUACAUACAUAUAAUCGUUCUAAUUUUAGGCAUAGAUACGUUCUCGUAAGAAGUUCCUGAUGCAUCGUAAAUGUAUGAAGAUAUAUAUACGUAUAUAUGAUUUUUUAAACGUGAGAGGAAGUUAGGUACGUAUGUUAGGCAGGUAGUGCGGUCGUCCUCUCUUGCGGGUGAAGUGCCGGAUCUCGUCGGGCCCUCGCUCGCACACGCCAGAGCCGCCCGUGGAGACGCGACGACACCGCGUAGGCUUAUCGGUAACGGUUAAUUAUAAUUAUAUUGUCGUAGCAAACUUUUCCAAAACGAACGAACUCGAAACUCGGGCUGCGCGCCAGCGCUCAGCCUACCUCGCAUACAAGUGAGUUUAUUUUGGAACUAAGUGUGAUUCUUGAAUUUUUAUUGAUAUUGUAACGAUUAUUCGUAGUGGCGUAAGUGAGUAAAGGCGUGGGGUACGUGCGGCGGCGGCGCGGCGCGACGCCUGCGGUCGCCCACUCGCAUGUACGUUCAUCACUUUAGCGUGUGCGUGGAGUCCCUAAUAUUUUCGAAGGCACAGAUCACGUUAUUAAAAAUAUUUUACAUAUUUACAUUUUAUCUAGUGGAGUGUAAUACGAUAUUUUAUCUACGAGCGAAUCCUACUACAACAUUGAGUUUGUUCUUUUAUGAAGUGCAAUGUUUUAUUCCACCGGUUGCCGGCGGUCCUUGUUAUGCUAUGUGCAAUGGGGCGUGCUUGCGCGCGAUGCGUUCCUCGAUCGCUACAACUCUACAGACUACAUAGUUUGGCGGAAAACUUCAUCAUUCUCGUUCAUUCAAUAACCGUAUACGAGUCAAUAAAAACCGUCUCGGAUUUCAUUAUAGUUAAAAUACUGUUUCACAACAACUUAACAAGACAAUUAUGGCGGAUAAGGUAAAAGCGAUAUUUGAACAUUACUAGUGAGCGUAUCGGUUGGGACGCAACGCGCGCACGCAAGUCCGACGCGACGGCGCGCGUUUAUACUACAUGAUUAUUUUGUUUAUUGCGUUACUAAGAUUAUAGUGUAUUUAUUAAAGUGACCCCUAUUGUUUGUUGAGGCGUUCGCAAGCUCCACCGCGUAACUCGGAGAUAUUUAUUUAGUCGGUUUGUACUCGGGAGUAUGCAGUACUCGUAAGUUGCGUUAGCGUACCACGGUACGGAGUCGGUAGUUGUGUCUCCGCGGACGACAGCCCGCGGAACGAAUCAUGGUUCCUAUGUAUAUUUCAAUAUUAUCGCAUCUAGAGUUUCACUAUACUUUCCGAAUACAAAUUUUAAUAUUUAAGAUUAAUUCGGAUUAGUCUGUUGUUUCCGCUGCUGGCUGCCACGGCGGUUGUUUGGUUCGUUUGUCCUGGCUUGUUUCGUUUAUAUAUUAUUGUAUAUCCGCACACUUGCGUUAUUAUCUGUGUAUCGAAAUUAUGUUAUUGUGAAAAUUAUAUAUCAUCCCCUAGAUGUAAACGGUCGCGAUAUAUGUUCCCGAUCGUGAAAGGUAGCACUCGCGUCUAUCAUAGUUCCUAUAAAUGCUAAAUUAUUUUGAAAAAUCUUUCAUAGUGAAAUUAUACCGUUCCUAAUAAUUGUAUUGUGUAACAAAAAUUUUAUGUGAAUUUGGUAAUAGAUCAUGUGAUGUUAAUGCGGUUUAUGUUUGUUGGAGCCCUGUUUAUUUGCCCGCCAUGUCAGUUUGCGCCUGGUGGUCGAUGCGCGUAGACGUGUGCUACGGCGCUACGACCCGCCCGUAGCCGACAACAGAUUAUGAUUACAUUGUCAAGUGUAAAUGGUAAAAAUAAACUCAAAGUUAGUUUAUCAGA